AUGCACACAGGAGAGAGACCCUACACGUGUGAUGACUGUGGGAAAAGCUUCCGCUGGCGAUCAUCCCAUAUCACUCACCAGAGAAUCCACUCGGGAGAAAAACCUUACAGUUGCUCUGACUGUGAGAAAAGCUUCAGACAGCAUUCAAACCUUCUUAAACAUUACAGAAUCCACUCAGGAGAGAAGCCCUGUAAAUGCCCCGACUGUGGGAAAAGCUUCACUCAGAGCUCCCGCCUUACUGAACAUCAGAGAAUGCACACAGGAGAGAGACCCUUUAGUUGUCCCGACUGUGGGAAAUGCUUCUUCGUCAGCUCAACCCUCAUUCACCAUCAGAGAAUCCACACUGGAGAGCGACCCUAUAAGUGUUCCGAGUGUGGGAAAAGCUUUGUUCGGCAAUCCCAACUGGUUAUACACCAGAGAAUCCACACAGGAGAGAAGCCCUAUAAAUGCAAUGAGUGCAAGAAAAACUUCAGUGACAGAUCAGACCUCACUAAGCACCAGAGAAAACACACUGGAGAGAAGCCCUACAAGUGCCCCGAUUGCGGGAAAAGCUACUGUUUCCGAUCAGACCUCACUAAACAUCAGAGAAUCCAUACAGGAGAGAAGCCCUUCAAUUGCCCCAAAUGUGGGAAAAGCUUCGGUCGGAGAUCUAACCUUAUUAUACACCAGAGAAUCCACACAGGGGAGAGACCUUAUAUAUGCCCUGAAUGUGGAAAAAGCUUCAGUGACAGAUCAGACCUCACUAAGCAUCAGAAAAAACACACGGAAGAAAAGCCCUACAAAUGCCUUGA